AUGGCCGUAAAAAAGUUCAUUAACGAGCGUUUAGAGGAACGGCUGACACGAUUAGAGUGUCUAGUCGACGAUCAACAGCGGACAAUCCAAGAUCAACAGCGGACAAUCCAAGAUCAACAGCGGACAAUCCAAGAUCAACAGCAGACAAUCCAUGAACUUGUUCGUUCUGUUGGUUUGGUUCUGAAUUCACAAGUCCAAGGCCUUGGCCAGCGUAUGGGUACUGAAAUGUUGGCAAAUGAUACAGAUUUAAUUGAAUCAAUUCGUGGAAAUAUGGGAAAUCAAACUGCCCAUGUGGAAAUUUUGAUACCCUCCACGAUGUGA